AUGAAACUUGUGAAUGCUAGGAAGAAUAAGGAUUUGGUAACCGUUUUAAUUAGAUGCUACCGCAUUGUUACCCGCAAAAACCCUCAGGCAAGAUUGUUAUCCAGCAUAGCACACCUUGAGAGUUGCGGGAUAGUUGGAUCUCAGCUCUCAUUUUUGUUAAUUAAUAAGCCUCGGCUUUUAGCGUGCCAAGAAUCCGUAUUUAGAAACAUUGUUUCUCAAACUUUGAGUAUGGGAUUCUCAGCCAAAUCGAGGAUUUUGGUUUAUGGUUUAAUUGCUGUUUUUGGCUCAGGUGACAAGACAGUUGAGAGAAAAUAUGGACUUUUUGGGAGUUUUGGUUAUUCAGAGUAUGAAUGCAGAGAAAUAUUUAGAAAGGCUCCAUAUUUGCUAACAAGGUCUGAGGAGAAGUUGAAGUUGGGAAUAAGUGUCUUUCUGAACUCAGUGAAGUUUAAGGAGGCCUUAGUCUGUAGUGCUUCAAUUUUGAUUCAGAGUAUGGAAAAAAGAGUGGUUCCUGGUUUCAGAGUUUGGGAUAUUUUGAAAUCAAAGAAAUUAUAUAAGGAACCAAGCUUUCGUAAAAUGUUGUUUAUGACAGAGGUGAUGUUUGUAGAUAAGUUUAUCUCAAGCUUUCCAGAUGAGGCUGAGGAAUUAUUGUUAGCUUACAAAGGUCAUACUCUGGUUUCAUCUUCCAAAGAGAAAAAUUCUUGA